GAACAUAGUGAAGUUUUAGUAAAUUUGUAGACAUUUGUGAAAACACUUGGCAGCAUAUCUGACAUGGACACAUUCAGAAAAAGAACAAGAAUUUUCUUUGAUAAUGAUUAAUAUAAUAAUUUUUCCUGUUAUGUUCUAUGUGCCACUGACUUCCUGAACAAGGUAGAGGUGAGACUGAAAAUACUUUCUGAUUUAGCGGAAGAGAACAUCAUAACACGAUGGCUUUCUCCGCACUCUGCCUCAUGUUCUAUCUUUGCUCUGCAGCCACACUGACUGUCACUCCCGACCAAUCCCAGUUCUUCCAGUUCGACCGAAUCACUCUUACAUGUGUGACAAACUCCAGUGGCUGGAAAGUGAUGAGGACGAUAAAGAACAAGGUUACUGAGGAAUGUAAUGGUACCUGGGGAGUCCCCAGAGAAUCCUCCUGCAACAUUAAAUAUGCUUACCCAACUGACACCGGCGAAUACUGGUGUGAAUCUAACCGAGGAGAACGCAGCAACAAAGUCAAUCUCACUAUAUCCGAUAUAAAUGUGAUCCUUGAGAGCCCUCCGUAUCCUGUUGUUGAGGGACAAACUGUGACACUUGGUUGUUCCUACAAGAAAAGCAAAAAAGAUGUCACAUCCACCUCAGACUUUGAAGCUGCGUUCUACAGAAAUGAUUUAUUCAUUGGGAAAAAGAAACCAGGGAAAAUGAUCAUUGAAGCAGAGGAAGGUUUCUACAAGUGUCUCCAUCCUACUAAAGGAGAGUCACUGAAGAGCUGGCUGGCAGUGACAGCCAAAGUUCCCCAUGCAGAAAUUCUUUCUCCUCCUUCUCCUCCAUCUGAACCUGGUGUUCCUUGGAUCAGAGUGAUUUCUGGCAGUGUGCUCUUCAUCCUCUAUAACAUCAUACUAAUCUUAUGUGUAUACACAUACCGUAAGUGGGCUCGAGCCAAGACUGAUAUGAAAAGGAGAAUUGCUGAUCAUGUUUUGGUGAACUAAAGACAAUGAAGACAAAACAAUUUAUCAUCUGUAUGUUGAAGCAAAAAGAAAAAUAAGAUGAACAAUAUUAAAAGUAUAGAGGAAUGUGAUUUAUUCUCCCAUUCAAGCCAGAUUAUUAUAGUAUUUUCAUUUUGAUCUCACUUUAGAUAAUAGGAAUCUUUAAUCAGCUUGUUAGUUAAAAAUUAGGAACUUUGAGGGCGUGCCGUGGUGGCGUAGUGGUUAGAGCGACCCAUAUUUGGAGGCCUUGAGUCCUCGACGCGGGUUCGACUGCCGGACCCGACGAUAUUUGC